AUGGACACUUUUCAAACUAUCAAGGAAUGCCGCAUUAUUGGACCAAAUCUACCAUGUGUCGGAGUGUUUUAUGACGAUCCUAAAAAGGUGUCCGGGCAGGAUUGCCGCUGUGCCGUUGGAAGUAUUGUGACUGAAGGAGAGAACAAAACAUCAGAGGAUCUACUGCAGAAAUACAAAACGUCUGGAUUCAGCGUCUUCUCCUUUCCAGAAGUUACUCAUGUGGUCACUGCGACUUUUCCCCAUCGAACAUGUCUCUCAACUGUCCUUGGGGUCAGAAGAGUCUACCCACAACUGUCACAAUACAUCAAGGAGAGGAGGUUGUGUGCGCACCCCUUCAUAGAGGUCUACAGAUCCACCCAGAUCCAGUUCAUCGCUCCUUUGGCCCGACAGGGAGACUUCUACGUCCCCGAGGUCCGACCGCUGCCCACACACGACGAGUCCCACAGUGAAUCCGAUGUUUCCGGUGCAGAGUCUAACAGUGAGUGCAGUCUGGGCAGCGGUGUGUCCUUGUCUGACAGCAGAGAGUCCUCAGUCCACUCCGAAGCACAGAGGAGCUCCUGCGACAGACUGAGCAGAACCACCAGAUCCAGAUCCAGGUCCAGGUCCAGUGUCCUCCAUCUUGCACAGGAGCAGAGCCAGGAUUCCCGCUCUGAGGAGGACCCUGCCCAGAAGAACCAAGAGCUGUCCCCUCCGGAGCUGUGGGGCCUGGUGGGAGAGGAGGAGUAG